AUGUCGACUACCAAUAUCCGUGAAAUCAGAUCCAAUGGAAUCCCAAUGGAAGGCAGGAAUCAUAGACCACCGCAUAUGAUACCUUUACCUGAUGAUAGCCCAACUCGCACAAGCUCCAAUAAACUAGAAGAUCAAGCUGCGACAGCUGCUCUAUACAUCACAAAUCAAAAUAAUAAUCGAAAGCUCAAGCCGGGCUAUGAGUUUCUUGACAGUGACAACAAACUGUCAUCUGCCGGUGCAGCAGCAUCCCUCAAAUACGCGAAACCUCGAGAUCUACCAAGUUAUCCCUCUGCGGGCUUGAACAAAGACCAAUCAGCAGCCGGAGCAGCAGCUUCUUUAGGUUGGCAGAACCAAAAGACAUUCGAACAUUGGAAGCCGGAUCCAUCCGCAUCAGCUUCUGCUGCUGCAAUGUUAGCUAAGGAUUACAAGAUGAAGCCUCUUUGGCAGCCAGAAGCAAGUGAGCACGGUGCAAAGGCAGCUCUAUUGGCCCACAAAGCCAAUAAAGGUGUCGAUUUGUGGCAACCGGAGCCUACAGCAUGGGGAAAUUCUGCCGCCACUCAAGCUAUGAAAAAGGGAAAUACAUUAUCACCACAAUUGGAUUAUGGUCAUAAUGCCGUUGGACGACAAGGUUCCCUCUUGGCAGCAACUGGUGCUAUGUCUAGCAGUAGGAAACGUGCAAACUCGACUCCGCUUAAGACCCCAAAGCGGGAAACUUACCCCGAUGAAGCUAAUGCGGCCAGUAAUGCCUUGAGAGCCGCAAAAUCUGUUCACAAAACUCAUACUAAUACUGGGAAAAUUGCUUAUCCUGCUGAAGCCAUCACGCCUAGUCAUGCCAUGAAAGCAGCAGUUAUCGUUCAUAGAUCUAACACUGUUCGAAAGCCAAAUACAUUCGAAAAGGGUGUUGGAUCAGUACCAUUCACAACAAUGCCGAGAGAGAUGUAUACAUCUAAGCCGCCUGUCGAACAGCUUGAACAAGAGCUGAACAGAGACCAAAAUCGAGAGGAUAUCUUAAAAGCUUCGGCGAUUGCUAUGGCCAAGAAAAUGUACAACCAACAGCAGAAACAGUUGGAUGCUGCUUCUCAUGCACAAUCAGGUGCAGCUGCCGCUCACGGCCAGCGACGACUUUCCAUAGACAGCGAUGAUGAACCUACACCAAUGCGCUUUAAUAACCUCCAAGAAAAGGCUCAACAGCUCGCCCAUGAGCGGAUAUCAAGAAUGACUACUGAGGAUAUUCAAAAUCGUGAAUACCGAGAUUACUAUGGAGGUACUCCAAGCAUAUCAUCGAAAUUAUCCAUCCGAGGCCGGACAAGACGUCGAGCUUCCAGUUAUGAUGAGGACCGCCAUCAGUCCGAAAAAAUCCGAGCUCAGAUGAGUUUAUUCUCAUCUAAUAUCUCUCAAGUAGAUGAGAAAAAGCGACAACGUGAUCGUGAAGCUUUGCUUGCUGCAGCUCAGCGCAAAGUCAAUGAUCGCAUUCACGAAAUGGAUGAAAAGGUAUUUGCGCAAACUGGCAAGGUUGCUCCAUCUCUACUCAACGAAUGGGAAUUGAAAGCCCAUGAAGCUGCUCAGGCGAAGAGUGAAGCUAGACUAGAGAACUAUGGUAAAGUCGAUAUUGGUGGUGGUAAAUUUGUCGAUCAAAGUGUGAUUGAUGCUGCCGCUGCUAAGAUCAUUCAGCCAGUAUUGGAUGAUAUGGAUAACAAAGUUGAUGCUAAAAAAUUUCAAGAUGCUGCGUCGAAACUUGAUGAAGAGCAUCGAAGGAGAAAAUCGCAAGAAGCUAAGAUGAGGGAGAAAGAGGUAAAACAAAUUACCAAAAAAUUGAAGCAACAAGAGAAAGACGAAGAAAAGCAGCGCAGAGCCGAGGAAAAGGCUGCUAAAAAGGAACACCGUAAAUCCGCACCCAAAUCUGAAUCUGAACCAGACGCGUUAAAAGUCUUUCCCAUACCUACAUCUAUCAAGUCUGAACCGGAAGCUUUAAAAGUCUUUGCCAUACCUACAGCUAUCAAGUCUGAACGUCCCACUACAGCACCAACUACAGAAGGUAUUCGUACAUCAACAGAAGAUCAAGCUCAAGCUAGUGCUCAAAUGUCCGGAGCUACAAAUGAUGCCAACACAAUCCAACAACCUACAUCUACUACAUCACCAACUUCUGAAGGUAGUUCCAAGGUGAAGAACUGGCUUAAGUCUAAAAUGGGAAGGAUAUCUGGUCGUCACUCUAAAUCCCUUUCAGAAUCUAGCGCCAAUAAAGGAGCGGCAGGAAGUGAGAAGGGAUUUGUCGGUGGUCAUGCCUAUACUGGUGCAAGUGUUAAUAAUAGCACGGUAUCUCUUGGUCAGCACAGUGUUGUGGAUGUUGCGAACGCCACUAUUCUAGUUCCCGGAUCCAAUCCUGUCGCCGUUCCUACACAACAACCCGAGGAAUUUGAGAGAGGAAAUGGAAUCAAGGCUACGGCAGGAGAUGAUGUUAGUAGUCUUAGCGAGCAUAGUGGUGAUAAGAAGAAGAAUAAGGAGGAGGUUUUAAGUGGUGAUGAUGAGGAUGAAUUUCAGGAGGCGAGAGAUAAUUUUGACGAGGAAUUGGCGCCGCCAAGACCCUUUUCAUCCCAGGGGACUACUAGUAGUAGUCCGGGUAGAGCCCCAAAGUUUCAUGAAGAGAUCUAA